CCGCCGUGCCCCCCCUCUGUCUACGUUACCAAGUGCAGGAGCUUGCCGUUUUGCCGUCGCCAUCCUUCACUCCAGCGCCAGGCAGCCACACAAACCUGCAAUAAAACAUGAGCUUCACAGUGGAAGAGAGGGGAAACCCGAACUCCCUGAGCUACCGCCUCUUCUUCAAAAAUGCAGAAGGAAAGUAUGUCUCACCAUUCCAUGACAUACCAAUAUAUGCUGAUGAGAGCCAGAACAUCUUUCACAUGGUUGUUGAGGUACCAAGAUGGACAAAUGCAAAGAUGGAGAUUGCUACAAAAGACCUUUUGAACCCAAUAAAGCAAGAUGUGAAGAAGGGCAAGUUGCGAUAUGUUGCCAAUGUUUUUCCACACAAAGGCUACAUAUGGAACUAUGGAGCCAUUCCACAGACAUGGGAAGAUCCUGCACACAAAGAUGGAGACACUGGCUGCUGUGGUGACAACGACCCCAUUGAUGUCUGCGAAAUUGGCACUAAGGUGUGCUCCCGUGGGGAGGUGAUCAAAGUGAAGGUGCUUGGGGUCCUGGCCAUGAUCGAUGAGGGUGAGACUGAUUGGAAAGUGAUUGCAAUCAAUGUGGAUGACCCAGAAGCCAAUGACUUGAACAACAUCAGCGAUGUCCAGCGCCUGAAACCUGGUUAUCUGGAGGCCACCAUUGACUGGUUCAGGAGGUACAAAGUGCCAGAUGGGAAACCGGAGAACCGUUUUGCUUUCAACGAUGAGUUCAAGGACAAGGACUUUGCCAUUGAAGUAAUCAAGAGCACUCACAACUUCUGGAAAGCCCUCAUUUCCCAAAAGGCCAAUGCUGGUGAACUGAACUGCAAGAACACAUGUGUGUCAGCCAGUGACAGCCCUUACUGCUGCUCAGUAGAUGAGGCUCAAACUGCUGUUGGUGAAACAUGUCCUUGUGGAAAAGAAGAACCUAUACCCUCAUCAGUCGAUAAAUGGUUCUACUAUGAGAAGAAGUAAACCGGGUGCUCUGUGGACUGGAGCAGAGUGAAAAGCUCAUCUCUCAAGAAUACUUGAAGAUGAUCUUACUUUUGGAACCAAUGGGAUGGGAUGUGGAUGGUUGGGUCUGGGUUGGCUGUUUUCCUGUAGACAUAUUAUGUGUAGAUACUGUAGAGAAGGAGAAAUGUCACCAAAAGUACUAAUGUCUUGACCAAUGAUUUUUCGCUUAUUUAACAAGGAUCUUGUUGGAGAUGUGCUGUCAUGAACAAAGCACAGGUACUGUGUAAAAAAACAUACCCUGUAUGAGACUCUGAACUGUUUCAGUAAAACUGGAAAAUAAAUUAACUGCAGAACAAUCUAGUUUCUUAAUUACCAGGACUCCUAAGUUUUAAAUUUGAGAUUUGUUUUUAUCUUUAUAAACAAUCUUUGGACAAAAUUUCUGUCAUUGUAUUAAUGCUGCCAUCUAGUGUUUCAUAUCAUACAGUACCUUUCUUUUUUGCAAUGCAAUAUACAGUAUUUACAUGAACACCUAACAGUUUUCAACAGUUUGAUGACUUCUGAUGUAGAAGAAGUCAUUCUUUUGGUUUAAGUAUUUCUCAUAAACGUGUAUGUC